AUGUAUUUUGCUUCACAUGCAUUGUUAAGCAAUAUAAAGCAAUCUGAAAUAUUUGCUUAUGUCGUUGAUACGACCGUGUCAUUUACUCCUGAUAUAAAAAAAAUUCAAGAUGAUAUUGCUGGAUCUUUAAGACUGGAAUGGGGGGGUUGUAAUGAACCAGACCGACCCAAAAAACUAUGGAGUAGAUUAACAAAUGGUGACAAAAUUCUUGUGAUACUGGAUGAUGUGUGGGAUCGAGGCCUGCCUCUUGAUUUUGAUGCAAUAGGAAUUCCAAAACAAGACACACACAAAGGUUGUAGAGUUCUUGUAACCUCGCGUAAUCAAGAAACUUUCAACAACAUGGACUGUGAUAAGAUAAUUGAAUUGGGUCUUUUAUCAGAAGAAGAAGCGUGGAUCAUGUUCAAAAUGUAUGCCAAGAUAAGUGAUAGCACCUCUCAAAAAUUGAUCGAUAAGGGACGUAAAAUUGCAAAGGAAUGCAAACGAUUACCUGUUGCAAUUUCAGUUAUCGCCAGUAGCUUAAAGGGCCACCAACAUCGAGAGCACAAAUGGGAUGUGACAUUGAAAUCCUUGAAGAAGCCUGUAUCCAUGCAUGGUGUUGAUGAUGAUAAGGUUGGAAUUUAUAACUUGUUGAAGAUUAGCUAUGAUAAUUUGAAGGAUGAAAAAGCCAAGGGGUUGUUUCUCUUAUGUUCGGUUUUCCGAGAAGAUGAAGAAAAUUCUAUUGAAGUUAUAACAAGACUUUGCAUAGGUGUGGGCCUUUUGGGGGAAGAUUAUGGUAGCUACGAUGAUGCUCGAAACCUAGUAGUUCUAGCCAAAGACAAGCUCGUAGAUUCUUGUUUGUUGUUGGAGGACGGUGAAAAAUGUCUAAAACUGCAUGAUUUGGUCCGAGAAGCAGCUCAAUGGAUAGCGAACAAAGAGAUUCAAUGUGUAAAAUUGUUUGAUGAAAAGCAAAAGUCAUUGGUUGAAAAGCAGACAAAUAUCAAAUAUUUAUUAUGUGAAGGGAAGUGCAAGGAUUUAUUUUCCUUGGAAUUUGAUAGCUUGAAACUUGAGACUUUAAUUGUCAAGGUGGAUAGAGAAGAAGAGGAUAAAUGUAUAAAAGUACCAGAUUCUUUCUUUGAAAAUGUUAUCAGGCUCCGUGUUUUGAAUUUUUCAGGCAUUCAUUUCAGCCAAUCUUUAUCAUUACCACCUGCAAUUCAGUUAUUGACAAAUAUUCGAUCUAUGUCGUUUGAUCAUGUUGAUUUAGGUGAUAUCUCUAUUUUGGGAAAACUACAGAGACUUGAGACUCUUGAUUUGGAUACAUGCAAAGUCAAUGAAUUGCCAAACCAAAUUACAGAACUGAAGAAGUUUAAAUUGUUGAAGUUGGAAUUUUGUGAAAUUAGAAAGAAUAAUCCAUUUGAGGUUAUUACACUACUACAAAAAUAG